AUGGCGAAGCACACCUCCCCGCACCACAGCCGCAGCCCCGAGGGGCCGGACCCACCGCCGCACACAACCGCAUGGCUCUCUGACAGGAAGAAAAGAGCUUUACAGAAGAAAGAUGUUGAUAUUCGUAGAAGAAUUGAACUUAUUCAGGACUUUGAGAUGCCCACAAUUAGCACAAAGAUUAAGGUAUCAAGAGAUGGACAGUAUAUUAUGGCAGUUGGAACUUAUAAGCCAAGGAUCCGCUGUUUUGAUACCUAUCAGUUAUCCCAGAAAUUUGAAAGGUGCUUAGAUUCUGAAGUGGUUACAUUUGAGAUUUUAUCAGAUGAUUACUCAAAGAUUGUCUUCUUGCAGUGUGACAGAUUUGUGGAGUUUCAUUCACAGCAUGGCCACUACUACAGAACAAGAAUACCAAAAUUUGGUAGAGAUUUUUCUUAUCACUCUCCUUCGUGUGACCUGUAUUUUGUAGCAGCAAGUUCUGAAGUAUACAGGCUAAAUCUGGAACAAGGAAGGUUUCUGAACUCCUUGCAGACUGAUGCUUCGGAGAAUAAUGUAUGUGACAUAAAUCCUACACACUUCUUGUUCGCUACAGGGACAGCUGAGGGUAAAGUGGAAUGCUGGGACCCUAGAACUAGAAAUCGGGUUGGGUUGUUGGAUUGUGCUUUAAGCAGUGUGACAGCAGACACAGAAAUAGAUGGUUUACCAUCCAUUUCAGCACUGAAAUUUAAUGGAGCAUUGAAUAUGGCUGUUGGAACAUCUACUGGGCAGGUUUUAUUAUAUGAUCUCCGGUCUAGUAACCCAUUAAUAGUCAAAGAUCACCAGUAUGGCCUGCCUAUUAAGUCAAUUCAGUUUCAGCAUCAAUUAGAUUUAAUUAUCUCUGCAGAUUCUCGAAUCAUAAAAAUGUGGAACAAAGAUACAGGGAAGAUAUUUACUUCAAUGGAGCCAGAAUAUGAUAUCAAUGACGUCUGUCUUUAUCCAAAUUCAGGAAUGCUAAUGACUGCCAAUGAAGCCCCUAAAAUGAAUAUCUAUUAUAUUCCAAUGGAUGUGUCUGUGUCACUGGGGCUUAAGGUUUUAGGACCUGCCCCAAAAUGGUGUUCCUUCCUGGACAACUUGACUGAAGAGCUGGAAGAGAAUCCAGAGAGCACAGUUUAUGAUGAUUACAAAUUUGUUACCAGAAAAGACCUUGAAAAUUUAGGCCUUGCUCAUCUCAUUGGAUCAUCAUUGCUCAGAGCAUAUAUGCAUGGCUUUUUCAUGGACAUACGACUUUAUCAUAAGGCAAAAAUGAUGGCCAACCCAUUUGCUUACGAAGAAUACAGAAGAGAGAAAAUAAGACAGAAAAUAGAAGAAACGCGUGCACAGAGAGUUCAACUAAAGAAACUUCCAAAAGUCAAUAAAGAGCUUGCACUCAAACUGAUUGAAGAAGAAGAGGAGCAACAGGCUACUAGAAAAAGGAAACAAAAGAAUCUGCCUAGCCUUCUCAAAGAUGAUCGUUUUAAGGUCAUGUUUGAGAACCCAGAUUUCCAGGUAGAUGAGCAGAGUGAAGAAUUUAGGCUGCUUAACCCACUUGUUUCUAAAAUAAGUGAGAAACGAAAGAAGAAACUAAAGAUCUUGGAGGAAAAGGAAGCACAAGAACAGGAAGAGGAAGAAGAACCAGAAGGAAAACCAAGUGAUGCAGAAAGCUCUGAGAGUUCAGAUGAUGAAAAAGGCUGGGUUGAAGAGGUCAGGAAACAGCGCAAACUUUUACGCCAAGAGGAAAAAGUAAAGCGGCAGGAAAGGUUCAAGGAGGAUCAGCAAACAUUACUGAAACCUCAAUUUUUUGAGAUUAAAGAAGGAGAGGAAUUCAGAAGCUUCAAAGACUCUGCCAAAAAGCAAAAAUUAAUGAAGAAAACUCUUGGAGAUCGUUUGAAGCUUGAAGAAAAACUUGGCACGCUCAGUGUGUCUGAUACCACAGUAGGCAGCAAACAGGCAACAUUCAAAUUAAAAAAGUCAGAGCAGCAAAAGAAACAGCAGGAGGCUGAGAAACAGCAUCGUCAAGAGAGGAAGACACUCAGGCGUUCUGCUGGCCACCUCAAGAGCAAACGUGGAAGAGGGCAACGGUUUCAUUGAUUUAUUCUAUGUUAAAUUUUUUAAGACACUGAUUUUUCCUCUCAUUUUUCAUUUGAAAAUGGAACUUCACAGUACAAAUGUAUUUGUAUUUUGUUAGUGAUGGACACAGAAACCAGAACUUGCUAAACCCUGUAUUAACUAUUGAAAAGCUUAUGAAAGUUUAAAUAUUGGCAAAAGGGCAUUGUGAGUAUGGUGCAUUAUCAACUCCUGCAUGAAUUGUAUUUGUGCAGAAGGCAUCAGCAGCUGGUUAUUGUGUAACCCUGGAUGUAGUCUAUAUAAAAAUUUAUCUGUACAGCAAAGCUGCCUGUCUUUUUUUUUUCUUUCUUUUUUUUUUUUUUUUUUUAAACUCAAGCAGCGUGUUUUUGCUUUUGGAAAGGUUCUUUAUUUGUGACUACUUACAUCUAAGAUCAAGGGUGAAUUAUUUUGUCUGAAAACUUUCUUUGCAAGGACAUUAUAAAUUUUUCUUUUCUUUUAUACUCCUAGAAGGGUGACAUACAACUGUGUUUUUCAAAAACAGACUUUAUGUUCUUAGGCUGCCUCUGUAGCCA